CGAGCCUCCAGCCUGCAAAGUCCCCGGCGCACGAGCAGCCAAGAGCUACCGCCACAGACGGGUCUCAGUGGGUGCCGGCGCCCCAGCCUCGCCUGCCUGUCCCCGGGGCGUCUGGAUCCCGCUCCGCCGGCCGCCGGGGCGCGGCGGCGCUGCCCAUGGCCCAGCCCGAGAGCCGACUAGUGGCGCCGGACCGGCUGGACCGCGGCGCGGCUCAGUAAUUGGCGACCUAUGACCUCCAUGUGUCACUGAUCAGGAGGCCUUGCCUGCAGCAGCGCUUCAUGAGCCAGCGGCGUGCAGCCCAGUGAAGCCACCAUGGUGUCCGGCGUGGCCGCGCUGCUCCUGGGCGCGGUGCUGCUGGUUCUCCAGCUCCAGCCGGUGCCUUCCCGCCCCGCAGCGCCCGAAGCCGGAGCCGGAGCCGCGGCCGAGCCGGGCCCGCAGGCGCUGCAGGACGAGGUCCCAGCAGGCGUGGCCGCCAACGGCUCGGCGCAGCAGCUGCCCCAGACCAUCAUCAUAGGGGUGCGCAAGGGCGGCACGCGCGCGCUGCUGGAGAUGCUCAGCCUGCACCCCGACGUGGCGGCCGCCGAGAACGAGGUGCACUUCUUCGACUGGGAGGAGCACUACAGCCAGGGCCUGGGCUGGUACCUCAGCCAGAUGCCCUUCUCCUACCCGCACCAGCUCACCGUGGAGAAGACCCCCGCGUACUUCACGUCGCCCAAAGUGCCUGCGCGCGUCCGCGACAUGAACCCGGCCAUCCAGCUGCUGCUCAUCCUGCGGGACCCGUCGGAGCGCGUGCUCUCCGACUACACCCAAGUGUUCUACAACCACGUGCAGAAGCGCAAGCCCUACCCGUCCAUCGAGGAGUUCCUGGUGCGCGACGGCCGGCUCAACGUGGACUACAAGGCGCUCAACCGCAGCCUCUACCACGUGCACAUGCAGAACUGGCUACGCUUCUUCCCGCUGCGCCACGUCCACAUAGUGGACGGAGACCGUCUCAUCAGGGACCCCUUCCCCGAGAUCCAGAAGGUCGAGAGGUUCCUGAAGCUGUCGCCGCAGAUCAACGCCUCCAACUUUUACUUUAACAAAACCAAGGGCUUUUACUGCCUGCGGGAUGGUGGCCGGGACCGCUGCUUACACGAGUCCAAAGGCCGGGCGCACCCCCAAGUCGACCCCAAACUCCUCAGUAAACUGCACGAAUACUUUCACGAGCCAAAUAAAAAAUUCUUCGAGCUUGUCGGCAGAACAUUUGACUGGCACUGACUGGCCAUAAGCUAGGCUCGGGACCCUUCCUAUUGUAAGUUCUGAUGUACAUCUAGGGGUAAGAAAAGAAUUUUAAAAGGGCAUUUAAACUAUAAUUUAUUUGUAAAAUCCAUAAACUACUCUGUACAGUAUUAGAUUCACAAUUGCCAUAUAUACUAGUUAUAUUUUUCUACUUGUUAUAUUGAGGGCAUUUUGUAUUGUUUUUCAUGGUUGUUAACAUUGUGUAAUAUGUCUCUAUAUGAAGGAACUAAAAUAUUUCACUGCA